AUGACAUCUACUUCAGGUAAACCUAAAAUGGAGAAAUUUGGUCUUCAAACCGACAAAUCUGCCCGUGUAAUAUUAUUUAGAAAUGGUGAUAGAUAUCAUGUUGAAGGUGUUCAUUGCCUUGUUCACUCUUCCAAAUUUAAAACAUUUGAUCAAUUAAAAUUAGAAUUUUCAAAAAAAGUUGGAUUAUUUACAGGAAAUGUACAAAAAGUUUAUUCAAUGGAUAAAAAAAGAAUUCAAGAUAUAAAGGAUUUUGUUGAUGGACAUCAUUAUAUUUGUUGUGGUGCAGAACCAUUAAAUACAGAGGUAAUACCAAAAGGUAUUCAAGAUAUAUUUGGUAAAGCAGAAGUUAGCGAUCAAGAUGAUGAACCAAAACCAAGUAAACCAUUUGUUAGUAGUGUACCUCCACCACCAACACCAACACCAACAUCAUCAAGUGGUACCACUACAACAUCACAACCAACACUAUCAGCAUCACCAUCAGUUUCAAGUGCACAAUCACCUAAAAAACCAGUUGUAUCAGCAUAUAAAGAGAGUGCAGUUCAUUCAAUUGAUAAAUUUUCAGUUCAGACAGAGAAAGCUAAAGUUAUAAUGUGUUUUAGAAAUGGUGAUAGAUAUCAUUCUGGUGAACGUGUAACUGUACAUUCAACCAAAUUUAAAACUUAUGAUCAAUUAAAAGAACAACUCUCAAAACAAGUUAAAUUACCAACUGGUCCAGUCAGAAAAUUAUAUUUAGCUUCUUCUGGUAAACUCGUUAAGACAAUGGAAGAAAUUAUUGAUGGUGAAUAUUAUGUUUGUGCAGGUGGUGAAACUUUAAAUCCAUUGGAUUUCUCUCCAACUUUAUCAGAACAUGUUAAACAAAAGAAAUUACAAGAACAACAACAACAAGCUUCAGAGCAACAAAAACCACAAGAACAAGAAAUAUUUUAA